UGUUGGAUGUUUCUUGUCAUCUUCUCCUUUAGAUGUUUACGUAGCAACUGUUUUAAUUGUUCUAUUUUCUUUCCAAGAAACAAAGUUAGGCUGGCUCAUAAGUAAUUCGUUUUUCUCUCUAUGAUGUUUGCUCUUCUUUGCUCUUCUGGUACUAUCUUCCAACAGUAAAACAGUUACUAGUGGUUGUUCCUGUUGUAUCUUAUGGCAUAUUUCAUCGGUCUCUGGAGACUUGCACCUAACUGCUGUUUUUCUUGCUCCACAGCUUCUGCUCUGAACAGUUUUUUUCUUUUAUUCCCACACCUAACUUAUUCAAAUAUUAUUUAAAUCAUGCUGAUCUGCUCUCUUCUCUAUGCACCAUUAGUUACAAUUAAAUUGAUAACCUGGUUGAAGUCCUUGUUUUUUUCCUUUUUUUUUCUUUUUCUUCAGUCAGGCUGAAGCAAAAAGGCACUGUAGCAAGCAAGAAAGACAAAGCCAUCACACAGAUAAAGCAUUCCAGGGUUUUUAAGCCUUUCAGUCCUCCUGAGUGAGCAAGGUGCCUCUUCUCCACACAUACUGCCAGAGCAGCUUGAACACCACGGAGUAACCAGAUCUCACUGAUAGGAGGAGACACUUCUCAGGAAUGAUAAAACAACGAGCAAAGCAAGAACUGCAAGGCCGGCUGGGUGCACCAAUGGAUGAGAAAAAGCUGAUGCCCAGAUAUAACUGCAAUGUUAGUGAAGUUACCAUUGUGAACCUGCAGCCCAACAAGAAUCCUACAAUUAUCCUACCAAAAGAGAAGCCAGGAAGUGAACACAGAAACCCUGGUGUCCAUCCUCCUUCACCCAGGAUGUCAGAGAAGAAGAUAGCCCAGGGAGAUAAAAAGUUGUGGCCAGAGAAGGUAAAGAGAGAGGGGUCUUUGUCUCCCAGCCUGCACCGUGCAAAUGAGUCAUAUAGCACAGAGAAUGUUACCCUGAAGAGGCCAGUGAAGUUGGCUCCUCUGGAGAUCCCGGUAGAAGUGAAAGAAGCCCAGCUUCAAAAGAUUAUGAGCAUCCAGAGAGAAGCUCAAAUGGCUGCUCAGAAGUUGACAGCUAUUAGCUCCAUCAGCAAUGAACCCCAUGUAAAAAGAGUGAAGAAUCUGGCCCAGGGGGAGCUGGAAAACCUUCAUAAGAUAAAGCUGAGUGAGAAGGCUGCUAUGGAAAAUAAGGAUGAUCCCCUUUCCCCUAAAAGCAGCAAGCCCUUGGGAGAAAUUCAAAUUAUUUUGCCUCCAGACACAGGCUCAAAAUUGACUAAGCAACCAGGUAUUGAAGAGGCUCCCAGGACACUUCAUAAGGCAUCAAUUCCCACUCUCCAGGUGGAUGUACAUGAAGAGUCUAGCAGCCCUGACAGCAUCUCUGAUCCUUACCAGAACAAUUGUCGCCGCCGAUUCAGAGUAAGGCACAUGAAAGAGCAGCAGGAAGACCAGGGGAAAGCCAAACCCUUAAAGGUCACAGAUUCCAGUGUGGGAGAAGGGAAGAAGAAAUCUGCAAGUCAGCGAACACAAAAAACCCUCAGUGACGCAAGCAAGCUCAUUGAGAAUGUGGCCAAAAAGCAGAAGGAAAGAGGAGCACAGAAAGAGGAAACAGACGAAGCUUCCAUUGUAAAGAGACAGUCUACUCGAAGGAUGGCCUUAGGAGACAUCAUCCAGGUGGAUGAAGACUGAAUAUCAUGCUCCAGAUCAUUCACAGGAGAUUUAGACACAGCCGCUAUUCAGUAAAGUGCUCUAGACUGACUUUCUAGGUAGAAGUCUUCAAAAGAGUAUCUACAGACAUUAGUGGAGCACAAUGUGAAAAGAAGUUAACACUGUUGAACAUCUUCCUAAUUUCUGAGAUGCCCAAAUUAUUAAAUAUCCUCCUAUUCUGAUCAGUAUUAGAAAUGCGCCAGCUAAAUUCCUGAGGUUAGCGUGGACUGCAAAUCAGAUGUGGACUAUGCAGGGAAAAUUUAGUUGUGGAUUGGGUGGAAGUACCCAGAGAAAAGCAGGAUCUUCGAAAAUAUUCUGUCUGGUAUAAGACUGAAAGAAAUAGCACUAUUUUUUCUUGAGAAUACAGCCCUGUCUUCUUGAGCUGUGACAAAUCUGCUGAAGAAAGGAAAGACUGAAAAUGUUCUUCCUAUCCAUUGUGGGCAGGACAAAAAGUAAAUUGUUUGAAGUUUAGAAAGAGACAAGUUACAAAAGGAGAAAUGAUUUAAGGACAAUAAACAGAAAACUAUGCUGUUUACAGAGAUAGGAAUCUUUGUCACUGAAAAUUUAAAUAAUGCAUUAGACAAACAUCUGCCAAGAAUGAUUUCAGAAGAGCUAAUCCUUCACUCAGAGACAAUAAAAGGUAGACGAUCUGUAAUGUCAUUCCACCUGCAUUUUCUUACAUAUUUUCUUGUAUUUUACAGUGCGUCUCUCAGGUACGCUGUUAUAGGACUACUAAUCAUGUAAUCACUAUUUAGUAGAAAAAUAUGCAAUAAAAGUUAUUUUUCACUUUGCA